AUGCUAGGUAUCAUUCAAUUCAUCUCCAUCGUCUGUGGUAUCGUCCUUUCGUUUUUCCCAGAUGAAUACGACCGCGCAGUUCAUAAUUGGCUAGGCAGCGCUGAUAGCGCAAGCACCACAAAUAAUACACGCUGGCCCACUGAUAUCUCGCGCGGUAUCAUCCCCGUUGGCUGUCAUUCUCAUAACGACUAUUGGCGCCGGGUGCCACUAUACUCCGCACUGCAAGCGGGAUGCAUAGGCGUCGAAGCCGACGUCUGGCUCUUCGACGACGAACUCUAUGUCGGGCACACCACAUCGUCCCUGACAGAGCGCUUAACCUUGCAAUCCAUGUACAUUGACCCGAUAGUAAACAUCCUCGAGCGCCAAAACCCUACCACCAAAUUUCAUCAGGGAGGUGACGGCCCUGUGCAUGGCGUCUUCGACACAGACCCGGCCCAAACCCUAAUCCUCCUAAUCGACUUCAAAACCACAGGCCCGGAAACCUGGCACGCCGUCAUGAAGCACCUUGCUCCGCUCCGUGACCGCGGCUACCUAACCCACUUCAACGGUGACGAGGUUAUUCAGGGUCCCGUCACCGUCGUCGGAACGGGAAAUACACCCUUCAACCUCGUCGCGGCAAAUAACACUUAUCGUGACAUAUUCUUCGAUGCCCCGCUCGACCAACUUGUUGAUCCAGACCAACCAGACAAUGCCCAGACAUACGCAGCAAUGCUCCCGCGCACAGAUCUCGGUCAAGGCCAAUCUGGCAUGCCAGAUGUCAUUACUGCAUCCACCUUCAACACCUCCAACAGCUUCUAUGCCUCCGUAUCUUUCAAAAAGGCAAUCGGACAUCCCUGGCCCUUCCACUUCACGCAGAGCCAGAUGAAACGCAUCCGCAACCAGGUGCGCGUUGCGCACCAGCACGGCUUGAAAGUGCGCUACUGGGCACUACCAAGCUGGCCUCGCAGUCUGCGGAAUCAUAUCUGGCGCGUGCUUGCGCAAGAGGGUGUGGAUAUUCUGAAUGUCGAUGAUUUGGCUUCUGCUACACAAGGGGAUUGGAACACACGGGUUUUCGAUUGGUGGCUAUGA